AUGACAGACUCGAUAAACUUUCAUAAUGCACAGGUCGAGGACAUUCUGAGCCUUGAUAAGAUUCGUGCAACGCUUCAGCGUAUGGAAGAUACGAUUGUGUUUAACCUUAUCGAGCGUGCACAGUUUGCCUACAAUGCACGGAUGUACGAAAACGGAGCUUUUCCAGAUUUGCAACAAAAAGAGCGCUGGUCCGGCUCAUGGCUUGCAUGGCUCCCCGAUGAAUAUGCAUUCACGCCGCUGCAAGAUAUGCCUGAGCCAAUUUUAAAGCCAGUGGACUAUCCUAACUUGUUGCACCCGCAUCAUGUGAAUGUAUCAAGCAAGGUCCUCGAGUUUUAUACCCAUAAGAUCGUCCCGCAAAUCACUGAAGGUCUGAACAGGUAUGGCUCAAGCGCUAUUUGCGAUGUAGAAGCUCUGAGUGCGAUCAAUCGCCGUGUGCACUUUGGCAUGUUUGUGUCGGAAUCCAAGUUCCGCUCCGACCCCGCAGCAUUCAUCGGUCCUAUUCAACAGCACGAUCGCGAUGCACUGGCAGCACUCAUCACCAAGCCAGCGGUGGAAGCGAUCCUACUUGAGCGUGUGAGGCAGAAGGCCGAGAUCUACGGUCAAAAUCUGGACCAGAAAAUGGACGACCCGAACCGCGAAAAGUUCCGAAAGAUUCAAGCGCAGGAGGUAGUGCACCUCUACAAGGAAUUUAUCAUCCCCCUCACCAAAGAAGUAGAAGUGGAUUACCUGUUGGAACGUCUCGAUGGGCUUGCACCCGACGAAAUCGCAGCAUUGGCACAGCGCAAGCCGAAUUAG